GCGGCCGCGGCCGGAGCAGGCGGCGCCCCCCGUCCGCCGCUUUGGUAUGUCCCGGCCUACGGCGUCCUAGCGGGACCGAAAGGGCCCGACGGCGGCGGUUCGCCUUCCUCGUGUCCGCAUGACUGACAGCUGCGCGGCGGGCGGACUGCGCUCAGUCCCUUCCUGCCCUUGAGCUGCCGAGAAGACUGCCUGCCCCACCCCCGGGCUGCAAGGAGCACCUGGUCUGAGGAGUGAGAUGUGGGGGGCCUGACUGGGAUGCCUUCAGACACCCCCCUGCCCACCCCACGCGUGCUGUCUCUGUGUCUGUGUGCAAACCUGCCUCCCCCCCUGGGCAUCUCCGGACGAGUGACCCAAGGGCUCCAGCCUGGCUUGGCUGCACUGACCAUUGGUCCACCUGCUGGCUCACCUUCAGGGGAACCGAGCACCGCCUGGCUUCUUUCCCGCGGCAAGCCCAGAGGCCUGUUCCCAUCCAAGCUGUGAGCUGCGGGGGCUCCGGGGUCCCAGCGGGAGUCGCCCGCCCAGGCUGGAGGUGGGAGAAGCUGCUGGAGAGUGCGCACCCCAGGGAGUGUUCUGGGCUACGUUGCUGUCUAGCUCCGGGCGGGGAACCCAAGUCGAAGCCGCCCCAGAGCUGAAGCGCUGCAGCAUGGCGCGCGGCUGCCUCCAGGGCGUCAAGUUCCUCAUGUUCGCCUUCAACCUGCUCUUCUGGCUGGGAGGCUGUGGCAUCCUGGGUGUUGGCAUCUGGCUGGCUGCCACCCAGGGGAACUUCGCCACCCUGUCGUCCUCCUUCCCGUCCCUGUCGGCCGCCAACCUGCUUAUUGUUACCGGCACCUUCGUCAUGGCCAUCGGCUUCGUGGGCUGCAUCGGGGCCAUCAAGGAGAACAAGUGCCUCUUGCUCACCUUCUUUGUGAUGCUGCUCCUGGUGUUCCUGCUGGAGGCCACCGUCACCACCCUGUUCUUCGCCUGCACUGACAAGAUCGACAGGUAUGCCCAGCGGGACCUCAAGAAGGGCCUGCACCUAUAUGGCACCCCAGGCAACGUGGGCCUCACCAACGCCUGGAGCAUCAUCCAGACCGACUUCCGCUGCUGCGGGGUCUCCAACUACACCGACUGGUUCGAAGUCUAUAACGCCACUCGCGUGCCGGACUCCUGCUGCCUGGAGUUCAGCGAGGGCUGUGGCCUUCACGCACCUGGCACCUGGUGGAAGGCGCCGUGUUACGAGACCGUGAAGAUGUGGCUCCAGGAGAACCUUCUGGCUGUGGGCAUCUUCGGGCUGUGCACGGCGCUGAUACAGAUCCUGGGUCUGACCUUCGCCAUGACCAUGUACUGUCAGGUGGUGAAGGCGGAUACCUACUGUGCGUAGGCUGCCCGCUGCCUGCCACCUCUGCCUCACAGCCCACGGGGGAGGUGACCACGCCCCCACCUGCCUCUCCUGCUCAGGAUUCAGCACCAACCCUGGACACCCCCCCAGGACCCUCAGCCAGCCCUGCGAACACCGUGCUGGAGGAGGGCGCCAAGUGCUGGCCACGCAGGCAGGGCUGGGGGCGGGAGGAGCUUGUCAUACCCACGUACUCUCCAGAGCAGCGCUCCCCUGGCUGGGGUCAUUCGCAGGUGGGGGUGGGGGUGAAGGGCCGACCGCUGGUCCUGGUGCUCAAGGCGAGGCUGUCGCCCCACCGUCCACAUUCCACGGCGGAGCCAGUGCGGGCUCUGGGUGCAUCUUAAUAAAGCGCGUGGGCGACAGCCCCCACCUG